CAGCAUUAGCCACAGCAACGCGGGAUGCGUCUGUACUUAUCAGGGAGAAAAGAAACGAAUUGCGCAAGGUUUAUGCGUCUACAGGUGGUUGAUCAUCACUGCCCGCUAUUUGAAGUUUGAAGUUUCCGCAAAACAAUUGGAACGACGUCGACGGAUGCGCCGUGCCUCAUGGCUGUUCAAACCCAGCGGUUAGCUGUUUUCGGGUUUUCACAAGAACUGGACUGGAGACCUUUGUUCUUUGCCGAGCCCAUUCCGGCGCACAGGAUAUGCGACGGAUGUGGUUUGCUGCCCAGACUGACCGCUUUUCUGCCGUGUCGUCAUGUACUGUGCAGUACCUGCUACGAGCAGUGCGUGGUCGGCGACGAACACUCCUGCCCACUCGACGGCGACGCUUUUCUUGAUGAGGACGUUCAGUGGGGAGAUUUCCCUUUGGAGAACUUGCUCAAGCGGAAGGUUCACUGCUGGAAUAAAGAAUACGGCUGCGAGAGUGUGAUGGCUGCUUCGGAGAUCUGCAAGCACUUUCACCAGGAUUGUGGCCACCAUUCCACCGGUUGUCCCCGCUGUGCAGCAGUUGUCCGGUGUCGCAAUGUGCGGGCACAUCUGCAAAGCAACUGCAGGGACCACGUUGCUUUUAGCAGCACCGGACUGGAGAUGACGAGAUACAAAGAGCAGCAAACAGUUUUGUUGGCUUUGAAGGCAACCAUCGAAGAGAGGGUGGGCGAAAUGAAGGAGAGGCUUGACAGUUUGUCUUGUGAAAGUAGAGCUCAAAAUGAUAGAACCAGCGAGCUGCACCACUGUAUAAACACGUUAAAGGAAAUGUUGUCACAGCCACCAGAGAGUGCCACAAGCCAAGACGCUGCUCCUCAAACUACAGGUGGUGGGUGCGCCAUUCAAGGGGACGAUAAUAAUUUGGUCGCAGAAGCUCCCAUGCCCUUCAACAGAAGCCAACUUGUGGAAGAAGUGAGAGCUUUAAACCUAUCACUGAACAGAACCGUGAAAGUGGAAACCCAGAAGACAUCGGAAAUGUUGCAGAAGAAUGAGCGUGUCAUGAACAGUCAUCAUGCACAAUUGAGAGAGCAGUUAUCAUCAGAUAGAGACCUCCUUCAGGGUAUUACCUGCAGCGUAGACCGACUGAAUGAAACUUUUGGAAAAGAACUCGAACUAGCCACUAAGAGAAUCAGUGAACAUAUGACCACAAAUGAUGCUCGCGUGGCUGCCGUGAAACAGUGCGAUAGGGAAGCAACAGACGAACAAUUGAAAAUUCUUGCAUUCAGCACUAAAAAUUUAAAGCGGUAUACAUUUUUCGCCAAGGGAGUCAAGUCACGGAAAAGAUCAGCACUGGCACUAGGCGGUAACACUUACUGUGCAGACCGGAUAUACCUCUCCGGCUACUGCUUGUCGCCAGCUGUUCAUUUUCAAAAAAGCGGGGACUCGGUGCAGCUGUACACUGCCAUUCAGAUCCACAAGGGAGUAAUCGACGAAUUCCUGCCAUGGCCUUUCUGUAAAGCCGUACGGCUGAGUCUCAGGAAUGAAUCGACAGGUCUACAGCGUCAGCUUGUGAAUAAAGUUUACUAUAAUCUGGAAAAUUUUGAUCGACCUGGCACGUCAAGUAACCGACCAGUGUACUUUCCCGAUUCUUCGUUUCUCUUGGAAGAUCUUGAACAGGACGGCUACGUGGCGAACGAUAGACUGCACGUUACAUGGGAACUGUUGCCCCCAAGGUUUUCAAAUUAAUGCCAGCUGGCACAUUUUCACCAUACUUCACUUGGUCCAAUGCAAGACGGCAGCAAAUAUUCAACAUACCGUAUUUACGCGAUUGUAAGUCGACUCGAAUGUAAGUCGACCCCCCCCCCAUAUCGCGUGUGACAGGAAAAAAAAACAUACCCGAGGGCGCAUUCGACAACGAAAAUUUAUUAGUAGCGACAUGGUCACUGGACUACUCGUCUUCACUUGUGCCAUUGUCCUCACUAGUUCUGCCAUCGUCAUCGCUGCUAUGGUCCCACAGUGUCGUCGUCCAGUGAAAUACCACACUUGGCAAAUGACUGCACCACGACAUCUUGUGGAACAGCAGCCCACGCUGAAUGCACCCAACUACACGCAGCCGUCAGGGAGGCUCUUUUGACAGGUCCGGUUGGCGUAAGUUCGCGGUCUUCUGCCACCAGCUACUCGUAUACUCACGGCGGAGGUCCUUAAAAGGCGAAAAUCCGGGCGGGUUUGUUUCAUGGCCAUGUUGCACUUCACUGGCAGGGACCGAUCACACAUUUCAGCGACGUACACCGCAAGCUUGGCCUAUAGCCCUGGAAAGCGUCCCGACUUUGGCCCGUGGGAAAUUCUUCGCUUGCCGUCACAAGUGAAAAUUUUGCUUCGCUGCAGUCACCACUCUCGCACCACCCGUUCAGAAACACCGAACUUUCGGCCCGCUGCGCAGUGAUUUGUUUCUGCGGUGUAAACGACGGCAGCCCUCUUAAACGCUGCUGUGAAUGAGCACCGUAUGUUUAGUUGGCCUGGAGCACUCAUGACGACUGAGGAAGCAUGGAAGUAGCACGUAACUGACAGUCAAGUCGAACACGUCUAAUGGCAUCUUCGGCUGGUCGUUUCUGAGCGCGCUCUCGCGAGCGGCGUUGUCUUCGGCUGGUUGAAAGAGGGUGCGCGCCCUGCGUUCGGCUGGUUCUUCUCUAUUACACUCCUCCAUCUUCGAGCGCUCUGAGGUGCUUCGAGCCCUGUCGUCGGAGCAGUCGUCGAGAUUGAAACAUCAUCGCAGCGCCGCGUCGCUGCUGUUGGCGACGGCCCACCGUAACCUAGGCCACUGCAUACUGGCGUCUCGACGAACUCUCGUCCCGCCAGCGAGUCUGCUGGUUUUCCCGGCAGCGCCGGGAGCUUUGGAUAGACGAGACAUCAGACAUUGGUAGUAGUCACGUGGUUUCGCAUCUGCCAUUUCCUCUUCCGAGAGCGAGUUGCACGUUCCGCUUGUGCGCUUGUUCUCUACCUCUGAGCUCAGGGAACGCCGGAUCCGCCUGACUCUGCUUCGGGGGAUGGAGGUGGCCAGUCAAAGACACCACAAGAGCUACAGGGAAAAAGAAACACGGGAGCGGUGUCUGCUUUUCCAUGAAUUAUCAAUACUCCCUGCAAGCGCCGCCGUUCCGGGAGUGGCGCCGCGAAUGGAACAGCGGCACUUCCAUAAACUAUCGACCCCCCCCCCCAUAAGUGUUGUCAUUGGUUGUGUGCGCUGUAAAACUCUGAAAAAUGUUGAAAAACAAAUGCACGGGAUAGUGAAAACUACGGGUAGAGCCACAGAGCAAACAUAAAAUUGUAACUACGUUGUAGCUCCCCUGAUAUCUCAUUGGUCUCGCUUUUUUGGCGGUGCCAUGUGUUGGUUUCGAUUGUAAGUCGACCCCCAAAACUUCAGAUUUUCAAAUUUAAUAAAUAUGGUUCGACUUACAUUCAUGUAAAUACGGUAUGUUGCUUAGUUCCCAAACACAUAUAUCAUGCCUUAGUUGAUGACAGUAAGUGACUGCAGAAUAAAGCACCUUGUUUGUAUCUUGA